AUGUUGACUGAUGACAACUGUUUAUCGAUUUCAAAAUCUUUGAUUUAUUUAUUACCAAAUAAAAUUGGUAAAGGGCGUUUAGAUGUAUUUAAAUCCGCUUUUAAACAAUUUCAAUUAACGCUCUGUGAAUCAACAAAUUAUUCACAAGAACCUUACGUAGUUGUCGAUGAUGAAUUUGAUGUAAAAUCUGUCUUAAAAAUCUUAAAUAUCAGAGAUAUUAGUAAAGGCCCAGUAAUUAUUCGAACAAAAUGGUUAACAGAUUCAUUAAAAGAGAAAAAAUUAUUAUCCUAUCAGGAUUAUACUCUCAAAUAUUCAGCGAGAAAAGAUAGUCAACAACAAGAAUCACAGCCAGUAACUACCACUGUUACAACAAUGAAGAGAGAAUUACCUGGCGAAAUUGCACUAUCCGUAUCAGAUAAAAUGAAAAGACAAAAACGAAAUUCAAACUCAUCAGAGAGUGAUGAUGGAAAUGAUUCUUAUACGAGUGACAUUAUGAAGGUACGUUUUAGGCGAAACACUUUGUUAUUUAUCUAG